GUUCAAAACACUAAGCAAAAAGCCCUACAGGCUUUGGUAGCUAAUAGCUACACUUGACAACCCCCCUCACCCAAUCUACCACCCACCACCGCCCACACAAGCGCCCACCCAACCGCCCACCACCCAGUGACCCGUCCAGAAAGUCCAGAAAAUGGCCUGUGCACCACUGCUGCUCGAGCAAUUCAUCUACAAGAAGCGCAAUUUCGCCUACGCCUUUGUGCGCCAUCGUCUGUUUGUGUUAUGCAAACAAUCGCUAAUUCGCGUUCAGUCGGCGGAGGGCAUCAAACGCAUCGAGAUCUCGCCCAAGUCGAAUCUGAAGCAUCUGUACGACAGCGUUCAGAAUGCCCUGAAAGUGGAUGGAUUUGGUCUCUUCAAGGAGCGCAACUUUCUCACAGAGCUGCAGGCAAGUGGCUCCCAGCUGGUGGGGUCUUCCUUGAGGCAUGGCGACAUGGUAUACUUAAAACAGAUGGCUGGCACAUCAUCGCGCCGCACCAGCACCACUGUCCUGGACAGUCAGCCGUUCAAGACUAGCACCGUAAGCAAUCCAAACAGCGCUCGGCCAUCCUUCAAUGUGGUCGAAGAUGACGUGGACCAAGCUCUGAGCAAGGCUGAUGGCACCAUUAAGCGCGAACGUGAUAGCAAGCUGUGCCACCAUAAUGCCAACGGACGUUGCGUGCACUGCUCCUCACUGGAGCCCUAUGAUGAGUCCUAUCUGAAGGAGCACAAUAUCAAGCACUUGUCCUUCCACUCGUACAUACGCAAGCAGACAUCCGGCAUGGAUCAGGGCAAGUACUUUGUCUUCGACGACAUCAACUGCCGCAUCAAGCCGGGAUGUCGCGAGCAUCCACCAUGGCCUAAGGGCAUCUGCUCCAAGUGCCAGCCGUCGGCCAUUACGCUGAAUCGUCAGACAUAUCGCCACGUGGACAACGUCAUGUUCGAGAACACCAAGAUCGUGGAGCGCUUCCUCAACUACUGGCGCACCACAGGACACCAGCGCAUGGGAUAUUUGUAUGGGACGUACGAGCAGCACACUGAUGUUCCUUUGGGCAUCAGGGCCAAGGUGGCUGCCAUUUAUGAGCCACCACAAGAGUCUACCAGGGAUUCGAUCAACAUCCAGCCGGAUGAGUUCGCCGACGAUGUGGAUGCUGUGGCCAGUGCGCUGGGACUGAAGAAGAUUGGUUGGAUUUUCACUGAUCUCAUCACGGAGGAUGCGAGUAUCGGCACUGUCAAACAGAUCCGUGGCAUCGAGUCGCACUUUAUUACGGCCCAGGAGUGCAUCACAGCCGGCGAGCUGCAGAAUCGGCAUCCAAAUCCGUGUAAAUAUGCCUCCAAUGGCGUCUUCGGCUCAAAGUUUGUGACCAUUUGUGUAACAGGAGAUAAAACCAAACAGGUGCACAUGGAAGGCUAUGCGGUUUCGGCUCAGUGCAUGGCUCUGGUGCGAGAUAAUUGUCUGAUACCCACUAAGGAUGCGCCCGAGCUGGGCUACGUGCGUGAAUCCACCGACAAGCAGUAUGUUCCAGACGUUUUCUAUAAGGAGAAGGAUCAGUACGGCAACGAGGUGCAGCGGCUGGCUCGCCCCCUGCCCGUGGAGUAUUUGCUGGUGGACGUGCCCGCAUCCACACCGCUGCAACCCAUUUACACCUUUACCGAGUACGACAAGCGCCAGCCAUUCCCCAUCGAGAACCGCUACAUCGAUGGCCACCUGCAGGAUUUUAAUGCACUCAGCUGCUAUCUGUCCGCCUGGGGCGAGGAGGAGUUCCUGGAGGCCAUCUCCGACUUCCACCUGCUGGUCUACCUUUACAAGAUGGACAUGCUGCCGCUGCGACAGCACAUGGGUCCGCUGCUAGAGGCGGUGCGCACCAAGAACCCCAACCAGGCCGCCCAGUUCAAGGAUGUGGAUGUGUGGAAGCUGCUCGAGUCGCUUAUCCAGGCCAGUUCCGGCGGCAGUGGUGGAACCACCAGCUAUCCCAGUGGUGGAGCUUCGGCGAGUGCCGGAGCUUCUGGAUCGGAGGCAAUGGACCUGGACGCCAACACCUGGACGUGCAACCACUGCACCUUCAUCAACCGCGGCGAGCUAACGUCCUGCGAGAUCUGCUCGCUACCCAGAUAAGAAUCCCAGACACGAAAAUUCCACAAUUUGCAGCCUAGAUGAACCAUUCGAAAUUCCGGUGUAAAACAAACUAAAGAUUCAAUCAUACUUACUUAUAGCAGCGACUGGAAAACAUGGGUGUCCUGCGAACACACGUACACAUGCACACUUAGAGGCGGUUCGUGCGAAUGUCGCGCAUUCUCUAUAUGUAAUCCUUGUGUAAGAAUUUUAUAAAAUAAAACGAAAUGAUGGAAGGAAAAUUUAAUUUAUUUUUAAAUAAA